AUGGCUCCACCACCACAAGAUCGAGCCUCGACGUCGGCUUCAGAUAUCCCACUCACUGACCUCGAAGGCGGCUCUCGCGCAACCGCUCACUUCACCGACACCUCCCGCUGGAACGGCUUCUCCCAAUUCCAUCCGUCCAAUAUUCUCGCGAACUCCAAUGGGCUGGCACCGAAGGUGUCGCAGGAAGAUUGGCUGGCCUUUACCGAAGAUUUAGGGCAUAGAUUGACGGUUGCAUUGACCCCAAGCUUUCUACAACGAUAUGUUGGUGGUGGUGCACCCCAACCGACCAAGUUGCAUGCCAUCGCGGCGCUUGAUGGGCUGCGCGGCUGGGCCUGUCUGCUAGUCUUCAACUUCCACUUCCUCUUCACAUACACCUGGAAGGUGGCGGUCGGGUGGGGAUUCGCAGGCGAGAAUUUUGGAAUACACCAGUUACCUUUCUUGCACAUGUUAAUCUCGGGCCACAUCAUGGUGGCCAUCUUUUUUGUCAUCUCGGGCUAUGUGCUCUCCUACAAGCCCUUGAAAACCAUCCGAUCCCGAUCAUUCGAGGAAACCUUUACUGUACUGGCCUCGUCAACCUUUCGAAGAGCACUGCGCCUCUACAUCCCUUCCAUCGUUGGUCUUGCUUGCGUCUUUGUGGCUGUCCGACUUGGCUUGUACAAUUACUCGUGGGGCGUCAUUAAGGAGGGCCAUACCAUUGUCGGCACGAAUGAACAGCACCCGCCCAUUUACGGGUCCUUCACUAAGCAAUUCUGGGACUUUUACUACACCGUCGCCCAUCUGCUGAACCCAUUCGACUGGGGUCUCUUCUACAACAACUACAACCCGCACCUAUGGACCAUUCCUUUAGAGUUCCGGUGUUCGCUCGUCCUGUUCAUUACGACCUUGGCCACCUCACGUCUGGUGUCGAUCGUCCGAAUGCCUCUCGUGGCCAGUUUGAUUUGGUUCUGCAUGCGCUAUGGUCGAUGGGAUGUCGUCCUAUUCCUGUGCGGCAUGUUAAUGGCCGAAAUUGACCUCAUCAACGGAACGUGGGAGCGGCCCGCGAACUCUGCUUCAGUCAGGGACGAUAAAAGACACAUCCGCCUCCGUCCCGGUGGAAAGAUCAUAACUACUGUCUCCCGAAGGCGCUUAUGGAUCGCCGUCUUCGUGCUGGGUCUGUACAUCGGGUCAACUCCGAAUCUCGGAUUCAAGUGGACGCCGGGGUACAUGUGGCUCUGGAAAAUCACCCCAAGCACAUAUCCCGAGCCACACCGAUUCCCACAAACCAUCGGCGCAACCCUGAUCGUCUUGAGCAUCAAUCACUCCCCCGACAUCCAGAAAGUAUUCACCAAUCCAUUGUCGCAGUAUCUGGGCAAUAUCUCGUUCGCGUUUUAUAUCGUCCACGGUCCCAUUCUACACUCGCUCGGCUACUCGAUCAUGCCUACUAUCUGGGCCAUGACGGGCAAGGAGACCAAUUCUCAGUACUGCCUUGGAUUUUUCAUUGGAUGGUUGAUUUGUCUGCCCAUCUCUAUCUGGGCGGGCGACGUCUUCUGGCGCGCCGUCGACGUGCCCAGUGUGAAAUUCGCCCGCUGGAUUGAAAGUCGGGUUAUCGCAAAGGGUUCACCAGCGACUGGGACGCCGAGCUUGACAACGCCAAGGUCACAAACCCCGCGGAACCAGUGA